GCGAUCGUGACAGUUGGGUAGAGAGAAAAAUGAUGGAAUUGGAAGAUGUCAAGCCCACUCUUUCUACAAUUGAACUUGCUUUUAACUUUGCAGCUUUCUCAAUGCUGUGGAGAAGCUACCGGAUCUCAUUCUCUGUCGCUUUCCAAAUGGCCGUAUUCCAACACGCUCGAGUGAUUCCUGAAGAAAAACUUAGGGUUCUAAUGAGAUUUGCUGACAAUGACCCCAGAAAGCGAGAAGUGAUCGGUGCUUUUUACGGCAGUAUGCUUUCAAAGAAGGAAGCAAGCAGCUACGAUGCCCAUUCUUUCCAGAAAGCGAUGAGGGUCAUUCUACUCAAACAAUUCCAAUUUGAAAUGUUUGAUUCUCCAACUAUCACCAAUUUUAUGAAACAGACAUCCGGGCAAGAAUACUUCAUGCUUUCUGAGUUCGUGAAACUCUGCCAGGAAGUAGGACCGUCGAUGAUCAAGCAACCAGACCUGUUCUGGAAGCAACUCGAGGCCGCUUCGGUUCAAGACGAUAUCCAGCCUUUGAUGAAAACAUACCAUAAGGUUUGCCAGUACUUUAGAAAUGGGGUUCCAAUGGACAAAGCCUUUGAGUAUUACGAGCUAGUUGCAUCCAUUGUCCUCGAGCUUAAACAACUUGAACAAACAGAAACAAAGAAGAUACGCAGUGAGAAUUUCAAUAAGCUGUCGAAAGUCACGUCAAAUCAAAAAGGCACUGUCGACAAAGAAAUCAAGCUGGAAAGUCAAGAUGAUGAAGAAAAGAUUAUCCGAGAAAAAGCAGAAAGGGUGAUACGCGACAAAUUCAACUUGGCAAUGAAUUACGCGGAAGAAUUUCAGAUGGAGCCCCGUUCGAAAUCAUCGCGGGGCGUCUUUCGCCCCACUCCACGCGCGAGGAGAGACCAACUGCAAGAAAUAGCAUUGCUGUUCCGUGAUCUGCUGACACCCCGAUCCGUCGUCGAUGAACUAGAUGAAGUUCAACACAAGAUUAGUCAGGAAGUUUCCAAUGCCCGUUUGCCAGUCGUGAUAAGAAAUAAAGCGAUGACAUUCGCGGUAAUUGUCCAGCACGAGAUAACGAUCCCCACUGCCCAAAGAAAUCUUCCAGAGGACGCGAGCAGCCAGUCAGCAGGCCGGUACGGGAUGUUCUGGAGUAGCAAGCUGUCGGACGCAUUCGGCAAGGCACAAGAGGAGGGUAAACUAUCCACCGAUGACGCCCUUCUUUCAAGCACACCUUCGCUACAGAACAACCAAGAUAUCUGGGAUGGAAUCAAGAGCACCAUCGAGAGAGAAUUUGGGGCAAUCAGUUCAGCUAACGCUGAAAACUUGAUAGGUUGUUUGAAACGUGUUGAGACCUAUAUUUUGAGGAGGGAAAUAUCACAUAGAAUUUCUCACGUGAUGAGAAAAGCCAGUGAUUCAGAAAAAAUCGUUGCUCUGGAAUGGGUUCAAGCGAAAUUGGACGAAUUACAAGCAUCACCGCAGCAAUUCAUUAAACCGAAGGAAUUUGAAAAGUUGAGACAAACGUUGAAUCUAAUCAAGAAACACUCAAAGAAAGGCCCUUCCACAGUGAUUUGGGAGCAAAGAAUUUCACCUAAAAUCUCGGAAUUGUCAAUAGAUUUGGCAAUGGUACUCGACGAAAUCUUUGCUGAUUUACCAUACCAAUUUGUAGCUGAUGUGAUACACAAAUGA